ACCUGCUCCUGACUGGUUCAGGUUACGCUGGAAACAUGCGAGCUGUAAAAGAGUAUAUUGAAGAGAUGGAAGGCUUAAAUACAUUUGUGUCUGAUUAACCAGUGACGGCUAAUUUUUAACAUGCAGCAGGCUUCCUUUGGAGAGGCUGCCGUUUAGUUUAAGUCUUCAGGAUGGUGUGUGGUCACAACAGCAACCUUAAUUUGGAGUAUUUAGAAAUAAUAUUUAAAAAAGAACAUCCAUUAAAACUAAUCAUUGCUUCUACCCCUUCACAGGGUUGAAGAGGUGUGAGUGGUGGAAACGGUGAGGGGACAACCACACAGAGGGUCAUUCCUCAUGUUUCCAUUGUAUUCAUCCACAUUUUAUAGGUGUCGCUGUGUUGCUGCACUUUCCGACCGCUAAUCAGCAGGAGUGAUCUUAUGUAAAUAUUUGCCAUCAUGACAAAGUCUCUUUUGAGGGCAGGGUGUUGAUAAGUCAUGGUUCUGUCACGCCUCUUCACCAGUAGCAUCUUGAACUCUGUGAUGAAAGUUGCUGUGUGAGAAGGGUUAAGUCAAGACUCCUCCAUUGGAAUCAUGUUUGAAGAUCUUCUCCAGUCCUCUGCUUCAUCCUCUCUGCUGGGGGCCAUUGUGCUUCUGCUGCUCCUCUACCUUUGGUCCUCCAGCCUGAGCUCCCCUACAAACCAGAGGGAGCUUCCAGGACCUAAACCUCUUCCCCUGCUUGGCAACCUGCUCCAGGUGGAUCUCAAGGAGCUCGACAGCUCUCUUUUUCAUCUGUCCAAACAGUACGGACCAGUGUUCACAGUCUACUUUGGGCUGAAGAAGGUGGUGGUUCUGGCCGGAUACAGGACAGUCAAAGAGGCGCUGGUCAACCAUGCUGAGGAGUUUGGAGACAGAAUGAUCACCCCAAUAUUCCAUGAUUUUAGCAAAGAAAAUGGAAUACUAUUCACCAACGGCGACACGUGGAAAGAGAUGAGGCGCUUUGCUCUGUCCACACUGAGAGAUUUGGGGAUGGGGAAGAGGAGCACUGAAGGACAAAUCAUUGAGGAAUGUGACAACCUGAUUGAAGAAUUCAAAAAGCACAAAGGUAAAGCCUUCAACAACAGCCGGACAAUCGCUUAUGCAUCUACGAAUAUCAUAUCAGCUUUGGUAUUUGGGAAGAGGUUUGAAUACAGCGACCCUGAACUCCAUACUACUGUGGAAAGAAGCCAUGAGUCCUUCUAUCUAGCAGGAACAAAGUCCAUCCAGAUAUACAAUGCAUUUCCUUGGCUGGGCCCUUGUCUUAAAAACUGGCGAGUUCUGAUGAAGAAUGUAGAAGAUGGUGAGGAGAGCCUGAGGAAGAUGAUAGCAGAGCGGAAGGAAAAGCUUAACCCAGAGAUGUGCAGCUGCUUUAUCGAUGCAUUUCUUAGCCGCAAGCAGAACCUGGAGGAGUCUGGAAUAAAGGAUUCAUUCUACCACGAUGACAACCUGCUCUACAGUGUAUCAAAUUUGUUUGGCGCUGGGACUGAUACCAUGGCAACUACAAUUCAUUGGAGCCUGCUUUUAAUGGCCAAGUACCCUCAUGUUCAAGACAAAGUCCAGGAGGAGCUGAGCAGGGUGAUCGGAGGCCGUCAGGCUCGAGGGGAGGACAGGAAGAACCUGCCGUACACCGACGCUGUCAUCCAUGAGAUUCAGAGAAAGGCCAACAUUCUCCCCAUGGCCCUCCCUCACAAAACCAGCCGAGACGUCACCUUCCAGGGCUACUUUAUCAAAGAGGGAACCACCGUGUUUCCUCUUCUGACCUCUGUUCUGAAUGACGAGAGCGAAUGGGCGAGCCCGCACACUUUCAACCCUUCUCACUUCCUAGAUGCGGAGGGGAAAUUUACCAAGAGAGAUGCCUUCAUGGCCUUUUCUGCAGGUCGCAGAAUGUGCCUUGGAGAGAGUCUGGCCAGAAUGGGGCUCUUCCUUAUCUUCACCUCCCUCCUCCAGCACUUCCGUUUCACUCCUCCACCAGGAGUUACAGAGGAUGAUCUGGAUCUGAUGCCGACUGUGGGCUUCACCCUCAGCCCUCCCCCCCACGAGCUGUGUGCUGUCAGCCGCCAGUGAGGGAGACAGCUGGGGCCUGUUUUACAAAAAUAUACAAUGCAUUUCCUUGGCUGGGCCCUUGUCUUAAAAACUGGCGAGUUCUGAUGAAGAAUGUAGAAGAUGGUGAGGAGAGCCUGAGGAAGAUGAUAGCAGAGCGGAAGGAAAAGCUUAACCCAGAGAUGUGCAGCUGCUUUAUCGAUGCAUUUCUUAGCGUGAACUAAUAAUAUAAGAGGAGAGGUUAUGCAAAAACAUGCAAAAAUAAAUGGUGUUUUCUAAAUCUCAAUGUAGAAGACACAAAAAACAUUGUAAAAUUCAAGUUCUCACAUUUUGUGUGACAUUGACAUUAAAAAUGUAAAUCCUGACCAGUCAUUCUUCUCAACCAGAGGUAGAUGUGUCGAGAACUCUCCCAAAGACUUUUUGCGAUUGUGUUGACUUAACGUUGCAUCUUUGAAAGGGUCAGUGUGUAAAGGUCGUGUUUAUAUUUGAAGUUGAGGCAGGACACUUGGACAAGAGCUGUAUAUUCUGUUACAAUGUCCAUGAACAAUUGAGGGUGGUAUGUUGAUGUGUGUGUCUUUAACUGCAAAUUUAAAAGGUUAAUCUGGUUCUUCAGUUAGCAUUUGCUUGUGUGUUUUCUGUUUGAGGGGCACUGUGAGGGUUGUAGAUGGGAAAGAAUUCCAAAGAGUGUUUUGGAUUUUCCAUAUUGAGAUUUAUUUUAUUACCUCUGGAAAACAGGUUAUGUUUCCCCGGCUGUCCGUCUGUUUCAUGAUUGUGCAAAAACUACUACACCGGUUUUCUUGAAGCCAAGUGGAAGGGUUAUAUGGGCCAAGGACAAAAUCUUUUCUAAAUUAUUUUUGGGUUUUAUUAACUUUAAUUUAAUUGUGGGGGCAGAUCCAAGACUUUCUUUAAUAAAUAAUGAUUUAAUAAUUAUUAAUAGUUAGCUAAGUUGGGAUUGGUCUAAUACAAUUUUUACUAAUCAAUGUUUCCCGUGGUUCUAGUCAAUAAAGGAAUCGAGGCAGGCUUGUUGAUAAAA